CAAAAAUUGGAGCACAGAUUCUGUUAAAAGAUAAGAGGAUAUCUUUUGUUUUACCGAUUGACAACUAACACAACCACUUUGUUAAGAGGCAUAAAUAUGUCCGAAAUCAAGGUGCAAAAUUUUAUCGAUGGGAAAUUCGUUGGAACUGAGAAAUACCUGGACAGCUUUGACCCAUCUACGGGAGAAGUUUGGGCCAAAAUACCGGACAGUGGACAGACAGACGUGGACACAGCUGUCAAGGUCGCCAAGUCCGCUUUUGAAAAAUGGGCGAGUACUCCAGUUGCAGAAAGAUCCAAAAUCAUGAUGAAAAUUGCAGACUUGCUGGAAUCGAGGUUGGAUGAGUUUGCGGAACUUGAAUCUCGUGACCAGGGAAAACCAGUCUGGCUGGCAAAGUCGGUUGAUAUUCCUCGUGCAGUCUACAAUUUAAGAUUUUUUGCGACUUGUGCUUUGCAUGACCUCAACAGGUCGAGUCACAUGCAGGCAGUUGAUGCAUUCAACUACACAAUGAAGAUGCCAGUAGGUGUGGCGGGGCUUAUCAGUCCAUGGAACCUUCCCUUGUACCUGCUCACUUUCAAGCUCGCUCCAGCCAUGAUUACUGGCAAUACUGUGGUGGCCAAACCCAGUGAAAUGACUUCCGUUACUGCUUGGAAGCUUGCCGAAGUUUUCAACCAUGCUGGACUUCCUGCAGGCGUUGUGAACUUUGUGUUUGGAACAGGGCCAAAUGCGGGAGACGCGAUAGUGAAGCACCCUGAUGUCCCCGUUGUAUCGUUCACUGGAGGGACGGUAACGGCUGUAAAAUUGAGGAUUGCAGCCGCUCCGUACAGCAAAAAACUCUCUCUUGAGCUUGGAGGUAAGAAUCCAGGAAUCAUAUUUGAUGACGCAGAUCUCGAGAAAUGUAUUCCAACAACAAUCAGAUCAUCCUUCAUGAAUCAAGGAGAGAUAUGUUUGUGUACAAGUCGCCUCUAUGUACAGAGGGGGAUUUACCAGACAUUCCUGGACAGAUUUGUGGCAGAGGCCAAAAAGCUGGUGGUUGGUGACCCCAAAUCCCCUGAUACAUUUACGGGAGCGCUAAUCAGCAAGGAGCACCUGGCCAAGGUCAAAGGUUACGUAACCAUUGCGAGGCAGGAGGGGGCAACAAUACUGUGUGGGGAGGAGCCAUUGAAUCUGCCAGAGAGAAACAAAACUGGCUAUUUCAUGCGACCAACAGUGAUUUCGGAUGUUGGUGACUCUUCACGGCUUGUUACAGAAGAGAUUUUUGGACCAGUCGUGUGUGUGCUUCCGUUUGACACCGUCCAAGAGGUGAUAGAGAGGGCAAAUGCUGUAAAGUACGGACUGGCGGCAACAGUAUGGUCCACAAAUGUCAACACCCUACAUACAGUCUCUCAGAAGUUGCAUGCUGGCACAGUGUGGGCAAACUGCUGGAUGGUAAGGGACCUGAAUAUGCCAUUUGGAGGUAUGAAGGAAUCGGGAACGGGAAGGGAGAGCGCUAAAGAUUCCAUCGAGUUCUUCACCGAGGAGAAGACAAUCUGUGUGAAACUUAACUAAGCUGGGCACAGCUUAUGGUUUUAAGACAGUUAUUUGUAUGCAAACUUAACUUUUUUCAAGACUUUCAGGGCUUAGGAAUAGACUUAAUUAAACUGAUCUUACCCUAAAUCCUUAAACUACCCAUACUGUAGAUUUAAAUGAUCCAGUUUUAUACAAUUCACUGGCUGCUAAAAACUUACAUGUAUUACUUUUGCUAAUUGGAUUAGAUUUAAAGCUGCACUCUCACAGAUUGACUUUUCUAUUUUUUGUCUUGGAAUGAGCCAAUUUUUGCGUAAAUGUCUGGAAACCAGUGAUAUAUUAGACUGCUGACAAAAUACCACAUCGCAGGUUUCAUAUUUACGUUAAACAUGAUGUUUUAUGGCUAAUUGGCAGAUUUCCAAAGAAUUGAGAUCUGUUCUAUUAUGAUUUACCUUAUAUGACUGAAAUGAAGGCAUUGAAGCCAUAGUGAGCUGGUUUUGAGGCAAAAAUAUAUAACAAGAGAUGUUAGUGAAACAUUUAUGCCCCCUUGGGAGCCAAAUUGUUAGUAGGAUUUGGACACUUAAAUAAAACACUUAAAUAAAAUAUGGACAAUCAGAAAACCUUUUUUCAGCUUACAGUCACACUGACCUUGACCUUUGACCCACUG